CCUCCAGGGGCUGAACUGCUCCUGCGUCGGCCGAUUCCCACUCUUCCCUACGCAAUCUCACCAUGCAAGGCCGAAAACGUCGUGUCAGAACGUGUCAUUCCUGCUAUACGCGUAAACAGAAAGCGAUGCGAUCGCCAAUAUCCAUGCAACCACUGUACCCGUCGUCGCCGACCCGAGGAGUGUGUCUACGGUCCUCCGCCGGUGAAAGUGCCCUCCUGUCCGCCAGUCCCUGCAGAUCAGUCGGAGACCCAACCUCGACCGGUAGAGAGUGCACGGCCCACGCGAGAAAGACCCGUGGAUGACUCCGAGGCUCACUGGUCCAGAGAGCAUUCUGCCCUCGCUCGAUCAUUUGGUUAUUUUGAGGAUAGCAACUCCAAUACAAUGGCUUUGCUCCGACGGCUGGAAUUGCCUGAUCAAUCUGAUACAGAGCUGAAGAAUGACUGGCCCUCUACUUGGGAAACCAUUCACCAUGAGCUCGAUCUCAUGCCUGAGCGCCAAAUCAUCGACUUUCUUGUGCAAUAUUUCGUCUAUGAAUUGAAUUGGAUGAAGCAAGUCAUUCACGUCCCCAGCUUCUUGGUAAAUUACCAGCUGUGGUGGGCAAAGGAUAAGAUAGUGGAGAUUGCCGACGUCGAGUUUGCAGCUCUAAUUGCUCGCAUUUGUUCUUAUGCGACACAAUUUCUGCCUUCACCGUCUCAUACUGUUGAUCAAAUUCGGGGUCGGUCACUGGCCGACAUUCGUGACACCUGCAGUAAUAUUGGAAACAAGCUUGCAACAGCGUGUGAGACUCUUGACUGGAAAGGCACCUUGGUCCGUGUUCAACACAUCAUUUUUGCUGCAUUAAAAGUCUCCUGUGAAGGGAGGACUAGCCAAUUUUGGGAGGGCAUAGGUUCUGCAUGUCGAGCUGCUCAAAAGGCCGGCAUCCACACUGAUACUACUGGCUUGAUGGAAUCUCAGCUUGCCAAAGAUAGUGCCCAGGAGUUAGAACGAGAUGUUCAGCGAAGGACGUUUUGCAGCCUUUAUGUUUUGGACAGGUACGCUUGGUAUCAUUCUGAUGCAAAACCCUCACUGACGAAUGUGGAUGGUAGUCAUUUGUCCAGACAACUAGAUCGGAUCCCCUUCUUAUCCAAUCACUCAAUUGAGGAAACACUACCCCGGCUGCGCUUGAUCCCAGAUAUUGGCAAUAUACCGAUAGAAACUACUAUCAUGGCGCCCGAUAUCUUCACCGAACGUCUUAUGCAAGUUCAACUUGGCCUAUUUUGGCGAGGCCUUGGGUUACAGCGUACCUGCGAGUUUGACCCGACCGAGAGUGAGCGGAGAUAUGAGAAGUUUAACUCCGAGUAUCUCAAUAACUUACAUCCGGCCUUCGCUAUAGCGCACCCAGAUACGACUUUAGACAAGGCUCUUCCAAAGCUACCUAUGCAAAGACAACUUCUAUAUAUCGCGAUCUUCGACUCAAUUUGUUGGAACUUCCGACCUCUCCUACUGCUUAAACCAGACCAAGUCGCAAGCUUAGCUCCCUACAAGAAAGUUCUUCUCCGGUCGCAGAAACGGAGGCUUAGUAUGGCUGCACUGAAAGUGCUCGAAGCUGUGGCAGCCCUUCAUACAAUGUUUGGGGGCUCCUAUACGCGCUUUUCUGCGAUUAUCUUUAACUCUUUUGAGCCUGCAAUUCUUCUGCUUAAUCUUUGUUCCCAUGCAGAUUUCCCAUUUGAUCAAGACGAUAAUAGCACAAACCUUGUGGGAACCAAGGUUAGAAUAACAUACCGAAUAGCAAUGCAGGCGGUGGAGCAGGCCAUUCAUCGUCUUCAAAUGUUAGCCGACCUAAGUGACAUGGCUGCAUCUGGAGCCCGCGUGGCUACUCUGCUUUUUGCCAGAAGUGCGCAGCCCAAACAGUCGUCUAGUCUACCCGCUGACACAUUGUCUGUUUCUGGCUCUUUAGGGUCAUCCCAGUUCCUAACCCCGAUAGAAAGGUAUGGAGAACAAGAAAACUGGCCAUCUUUGGAAGCAGGGGAUCCUUAUUCAAUGCCCGAUGAUUUUCCCCCAAUGGCGCAAGACUCUUUUCCAAGCCCCCAGCUUUCCUCCUUAAGAUUCCCCGUGGUCUGGGGGAAGCAUUCUUCUAGCGUUGUCUUCAACAAGCCAUGA